AUGACGGACAAGUCGAACAAUCUUAUCCAUAUUCGGUGGCUCCCAUUGCUAGGCGACCCACCGCAAUGUGACGGAUGCAUCCUGCUCUUGAUAUCUUGGAUAUACCACAGGUUCCCUCAAUGGGAACCUAGCGACAGAGAUGUAGCCACGUUCCCUUUAGCUGCGAGGUUGGUCAGUCUAGGGCAGCAGAGCAGGGACCACCAUGAGGGGAGGCUGCUGAGAUGGCGACACAGGUUGGACACCGUGUCUUUUGAUCAGUUUCGAUGGACACCCUAUGACCGACCUGAGUUGCAGGCUUUGUGUCCUGACUGGUUGAGGAGUGGGCAUGAGAUCCACACAUGGAGGGCGGUUGUGCCACUAGUUUGCUUUAACUUUGUCGAGUUCCAUCAUGUCGACAGAGUUAAAAGGCAGUUGGGGUCAGACCAACAGAUUCCUGAGGAUCCACUACGGCACGAGGGGAUGAUGUAUGGUGGCCUGAGGUGCUUCGAGAGUGGUAUGAUCGAUGGAGAGCUCGUCAUCAGCCAUGUCACAUGAUUACAAUCACACCUGAGCCUAAUCCCCGUCUCACACAGGAGUAUUUUAAUUGGUGGCUUGAACGAUGUCGCGUUCGGUUCUUGUCUGUUGAUGACAUCCUAGCCGAUCCUAGACUCACAAAAUUGUCAAAUGAUGUUCCACCUAGACCCAACAGGGAUGUUCUA